UUGGGUUAAGAUUAAGCAGCUCAGAAGAGGACUAGUUGGGGGGUUAUGGAAACGAGGGGAACACACAUCGAUGGGGUAACACAUUUCGACAUAACACCAGGGCUGCGUUUAACGUUAUUGGGCGUGGAAAGGAAACAUAGACAGGUGUUGCCGCCGCCUGCCUACCUUUCUUUUCACGUGUGUCUUGUGGCGUGUGAGUUAGAAAUUGCCCUGUGUGUGUGUGUGUGUGUGUGUGUGUUGUAAACGAGAAAUAAGAAAGCGUGUCUACGUGUAUCGCAGGAUCCUUAUGAAGGCAGAGGCGUCCAGAUUUUAAAGGAUGUGUCCUGCUCAGACCCAGCUGUGCCUCGGCACCGAGUCUCUCCGCCGACCGACACAUCCGUGAGAGCCACAGCUGAUCUGGAUGGAUGGCUGACCCCGACUGACCAGGACACUUGAGUUUCUCUGAGACAUAACUGUGAUUUUUUAGCAACAAUGUCUGUCUCUACGGUAUUGGCAAAGGCUCUGUUUGACAACACGGCCGAGAGCCCGGAGGAGCUGGCUUUCCGGAAGGGUGACAUCCUGAUGGUUCUGGAGCAGGAGCAGAACGGGGGGCCCGGCUGGUGGCUCUGCUCCCUACACGGCAGACAGGGCAUUGCCCCCGCCAACCGACUUCGUCUCCUCCAGACUGCCCCACCCCCAGGCUCGGACCUCAGUCGUGGCACCAGCGAGGACUCAGUCUACCUGUCGCCUGGUUCCCCGCUGGCCCGGACUGCUGUCAGCAGUAGUGCAGAGGACAUAGAUGGAGUGUAUCGCUCCCCACCAGCUGCCGGUGGAGUCAGUGCUGCGUCAAGGUCCGGGGAGCUCCGCAGAGUCGAGGGUGGGCGUCCACGCUCUCACUCCAGUUCUGGCACCCGGCCCAGACCUGACUGGGAUAUUGGGGUGGCGGGGCGUCCGCGCUCACCCUCGCUAAGGGGAAGGGGAACAGAAAUGACAGGAACACUUUAUCAGACUCCGGUAAGUCCUUUACCUGCAGCUCAACAUGCCAGGCAGCCAGCAGCACUCAUGGCUUCAGAGUCUGUGUACCUCGCCCCUAGUGGAGUACCCAGGGCAGCUGAUGAGUCAGAGGAGAACACUUAUCUAGUCCCCAGAGAAACACUCACAACAGGACACACAGACGACUGUUACUUGGUGCCAAAAGGUACACCACUUGCAGGUGACGAAGUUUACCAAACCCCAACGGGAGGAGUUGUGGCCUCUGCUGUCUGCUCUAAUGGCCCCUCCAUCGUUGGUGGAACCCCCGGUGCCUCCCACCUUAAAGUAGGCCAGGACACACCUGGGAUGUACCAAACCCCCACCCCCGUGGGGGCAAAUCUUCAAAGGACUUCAGCCACAGUUUUAGCCCAUCAGCAUCCAUCUUCACUAUCCCCUGCCCAAUCAUCUCCCCGACCUCUGCUCAAAGGAGUGUCCCUAAACUCUGCUGUUUCCAGAGGCAAACCUGGUCUAGCCUGUCACCGGGGGUCCCCUUUGCUGGUCAGAGCAGGGCAGGUCAGGGUUCCCGGAUCCCCAAAUUUUGCCCGCAAACCUCCUCCACCAGCACCUCCAGUAAGGGGAGUCACCAGGAAAGAUGCACAACAAUCAGCACAUUUGUCAGCUGAUUGUAACUCUGUCCCCAAAGCCGCUGCUCAGCCCGCUUCUGCAGGUCUGCAGCAAGAGGAGGACAAACAGAGGAAAGGCACACAGAGCAAGGAGGAAAGGACGAGUAACGGCCUGGAGAAAAGAAACAAUGCUCAGAACAAGAACGGAGAAAGUCAAGUUCACUCAGAUCCUGUGGAUGAUCAGGUGUAUGACACUCCUCCCAGUGGCAGGUGGCAACGUCAGGUCCCGGCUGCCCUCGGCGAUGAUGACAGCAUCUACGACACCCCGCGAAGCGUCCCACCACAGGCCGACUCUGAGACAGAGGUCUACGAUGUCCCCACCAUGACUCUGAAUGUGACCACAUCAGAUGUCCAGCACGGCGGCUCGGCGCCUGACGAAGUCGAUGACGACGUCUACAGUGUCCCCACGCUUCCAGGUGUGCCUCUGGGUCCGGGCGAGUCCAUCACCAGCCUCUCCGGCGAGGAUUCCUUUUGUGUUUCUGGAUCUGAGAAACGAGCCAGUGGUGGAGAUCACCAUCGGAACUCCUCUGAGCCGGACUGCGGCAUAUACGACAUGCCCGCUCUGACCGCAGAAGUCCUCCCUCAUUCUUCCUCAUCCUCCUCCACCUCUACCCGCCGCCUCUCCAUUUCGAGUAACGGUUCCGGCGACGUGCAGUGGAGAGCCUCGCUCUCUAACCUCGUCCACGCAGUGUUGAGCACAGCCUCCUGCUCGGCCACCACUCUGUCUUCGCGGGACCUGGCCACCUCGCUGGCUGAAAUCUUAUCCACCUGGAAAGCGAGUCACUCCGGGGAUCCUCCGCCGCCUCUGCAGCAGGCCUGGGCUCGCCUGUCAGACCUUCUGCCGGCGUUAGCUGCCAUCGGCAACGCUCCUCCAUCUGAAGGACUCUUAACACUAGUGCAGCGCUCCCUUGAGGAAAGCGCCCUCCUCUUGCAGGCUCAGGGCCGACCCCGUCUGCCUUCCCAAGACUCUCUGUCCCGCAGGCCGUUGCCCGCGCUCCCAGUGCCUGAUGGGAAGUCUCCUGGAGGUGGAAUGGGCUCCCGUAAAGGUAGCUGGAUUCAAGAGAGGCCCUUGCCCCCAACGCCUCAGCCAGCCUUCCCCCUGCCUCCCACACCAUCCACUGUGACCCUCACGGUGGGAACCAGUGACGGAGAGGACGACCCCAGCAAUGAGUACGCAGGGAUCGGCCUGACUCCCAUCCCGGCACCUGUACCUACUGGAGACAGCGUUGGAUACGUCAAGCUGCAGGGAAAACCUGAGCCGCCUCCCGAUGGCCUGACUCAGAACGGACAAACGCACACGAUCACCGCAGAGCCGAGGUUGACCCCAUCUCCUCCUCUGCCUGUGUCUCUCUCCCUGGAGGACUCGGAGCUGCUGUCCUUCUACUCCUCUCAGAGCCUCGCUCACCUCUCCUGCCUGGCAGACGCCAUCGACGUGCUCUUCAGCAGCGUGCAAGGGAACCAGCCGCCGCGAAUCUUCGUCGCCAGAGGAAAGAGUCUCAUUGUGACGGCACACAAACUGGUGUUCAUCGGGGACACACUCUCCCGCCUUCUCACCUCUGCUGACCUCCGAGCCAAGAUCACAACCUCAGGGGGACGACUCUGCCAAGCCUUGAAAUCAGUUGUUGUGGCAACAAAAGGCGCUGCACAAAACUACCCAUCAGUAUCUGCUUCCCAGGAGAUGGUGGACCGCGUCGCAGAGCUCUCCCAGCAGGCAGCUGGUUUCUCCACUCUGCUGCAGCGUCUGGCAGAAAUAUCCUCAUGAUAUUUCAUAUCACUCCGUAAAAACCUUGUUGACACUACAUAUUUUCUCUCUUUGAAAUGCCUUAUUUGUUGUUACACUCUUUCAUCACCUUUUCCUUUGUAUGGGAUUGAAGCAAGCGAAGUUGAAUCCUGGAACAAGUGUUUUAGCCUCGCUGCAGCUGUGACAAAGCUGGGUUUUGACUGUGUUGGUUCUGUCCUUUAAGUGUGUGUUGGUUUGCCUUUGUUUAUAUACUGACCUCUGUGCUUUGAAGCCAGGCACACUUACCUUUUUUUGAGUGUUAACUUAUUGAAUAUUUAGAGCCUCUUUGUGGCUUUGAUUGUCCAUGCGGACUGCUUAUUUUGGGAGCUUUGCUUUAUUAUGUUUGCCAUAUUUCCUUUUCCUCACAUGAUAGCCAUUUUCCUUCCCUGCUCUAUUUAUUUAGCCAUCCCCCCUAUUCCAAAAAUAGCACAGAAGGAGGCCUUACAUCCUGGUUCUGGCCUACUUUUUACUGUGAUACCUGAAAGGCCUUUUGUGAUUAUCAUGCUGAGGCGGCCGAAGCAGCUGCUUAGUGUUUUGGGCUUAAUAUGGGAGAAUGGAAUAGGGCGUGGAAUAGGAAGUUCGCCCAACUUCCAUCCUUAAUCUGUGCAAGUAUGUGUUGUGUUUGUGUUGUAACCAUUUCUACUAGAACGUAAAGAUUACUGCAGUAUAGUUUGGAAUCCUCUCAGUGAGGGAUUACAAGAAACAUCUCCAAUACGUUCAUCAGUUUACACUUUACAGAGUCUUAAACGUCUCAUGAAGAAAAACCAGAGUCCUGCUGUGUGACACACACACACAGUGGGAAUAGAUGCAGGGACAGAAUGAACAAUAAAAAGUUGCCUAAUCCUGUUCUUUCUCACAGUCACAUGUCAGUCUGGCAAAGGAUAAGAAACCUGUCGACCAAGUUCACCUGUCUGCACAUGUCAUGUUACGACCUGCAUGCUCAUGCUUCUCUAACUUUCUUUUCAUGUUCAUUUCCCAUAAGAUGCACAGCACCUGUAGACAGUGCUUGUUCACUACAGCCUUGAAAGUUUAAAAGCUGCAAGGUGGCAUGGUAGAAGCUAAGGCUGGGUACUAAAUAUACAGUAUUAUUGAUACGGACCUUUUUAAUAGAAUUGGCUCAUGUUGAUAUGAUUAUCGUGUCACUGUUUUAUUCAAUUCUGUCAUCAGAAAAUGACAGUAAGCUGUAAUUUAAAUCUAACGAUGUGGAUACACAUUUAAGAUUUUUUUUGUCCUUGUGGAACAAAGUUCACUGUCCUCGACAUCAAUUUCAUUAUCUUACAUGAUUUACAUACAUUUGCCAAAUCAAGAUACAUACAGCACUGAUAUGGAUCUUAACCAUAUCACCCAGCCUUAGUGGAAACAGGAAUGAAGCACAGCUCACCUUUUGAAUAAAAUCUGACAUUUUAAAUGCAUCGGAACACUAUAACGUGGUACAACACGCCAUGACAUGUCACGUCAUGCUUCAUUUUUGGCCUCACAUAAGUUUGCAUA